CAGCAAGAAAAGCUGGACGCACUGUUGAACAAGCAUGCUUCCGUAUUUUCAAAGUCAGACGAUGACAUUGGCUACACGGAGACGGUUAAACACAAAAUUAGGACGGAGGAUGACAUCCCGGUUACGCAACCCUACAGACGAAUUCCUCCAAACCAAUACCAAGAGGUGAAGGAACACAUUCAGAAAUUACUUGAUAGCUCAGUCAUUCGCGAAAGUCACAGCCCUUAUGCAUCUCCUAUUGUGUUAGUGAGAAAGAAGAACGGCUCCCUUCGCCUGUGCGUUGAUUAUCGAAAGCUCAACUUAAGAACGCAAAAGGACUCAUUCCCUUUACCCCGGAUAGACGAGUCACUUGAUGCUCUCAAUGGUGCACAGUGGUUUACAACAUUAGAUCUUGCAAGCGGUUUUAAUCAGGUCGCAGUCGAAGAGGGAGACAAACCGAAGACCGCAUUCACUACUCCGUUUGGCCUGUUUGAAUAUAAUCGAAUGCCGUUUGGCCUCUGUGGUGCCCCUGCAACGUUUCAGCGACUGAUGCAAAGCUGCCUUCACGACCAGAUCUAUCAACUGUUGUUGGUUUACCUCGAUGACGUUAUUGUUUUCUCAAAAACAUUUGACGAACACUUGGAAAGACUGGAAAAAGUUUUAACGAGGCUAGCGCAACAUGGGUUAAAGAUAAAGCGAGAGAAAUGCAGUUUUCUUAGAAAAGAAGUUUCGUAUCUGGGAUAUGUGGUUUCAUCUGACGGUGUCUCGACUGGCCCUGACAAAAUAUCCGUGGUGAAAAAUUGGCCGGUACCCAAGGCUGUGAAAGAACUUCGUUCGUUUCUUGGAUUUGCUAGCGACUAUCGUCGCUUCGUAAAAGAUUUCUCCAAGGUCGCUGACCCACUGCAUGAAUUACAGAACCGGUGUUUACACGAACUGAAACUAAAGAAACAUCUGUUAGUACCCUUCCCAAAGCGUUGGAAAAUUGUUCAUCAACAAGCCUUCGAUAGGCUUAAGCAUUUGUUGACAACUGCACCAGUAUUGGGAUAUGCAGACUUCUCGCAACCAUUCAUACUCGAGACUGAUGCUAGCCACCAAGGACUUGGUGCGGUUCUUUCCCAAGAACUUCAAGGAAAGAGACGUGUUAUUGCGUACGCAAGUAGACGACUAAGACCAACCGAACGCAAUAUGGACAAUUAUAGCUCCAUGAAGUUAGAAAUGUUGGCUUUGAAAUGGGCCGUAACCGACAAGUUCCGCAGUUAUCUGUUAGGAAGCAACUUCACCAUUUAUACUGACAAUAAUCCCCUGAAAUAUCUUCAAACGGCAAAACUUGGAGCAGUAGAACAACGAUGGGCUUCGCAGUUGGCAUCUUUCAAAUUUGACAUUGUUUAUCGCUCGGGAAAAUCGAAUGCUAAUGCCGACGCAUUGUCGCGCCUCCCUCACCAUGAUUGCCCAGACAAACUUUCGUCGGUGGUGGAAGUAACGAAUACCUUGGCUCAUUCCUCCAAUACAACAGCUUCCCACCCCACCUAGCUACUGCCACUUUGGAAAAAAGUGCAAACAUAACCAUUGAAGGUCCUCAGCAAACGUAUGUGGCAAACAACGCUAUCAAUACAGAACAUAACGUACCUAAGUCAGGAACGAAGUCAUUUCCAAGUUACUCCAAGUCCGAGUUAAUGCAGAUGCAACAAAGUGAUCCAACGAUAAGCUCAUUCCUGAAAUUUUGGACAGUUGGUAGGAAACCCGGUGCAAAGGAAAAGAAAGAUCUCACUAUUGGUACCCGUGUCUUGUUACAGCAAUGGAAACGGUUAGAACUGAAGGACGGAGUAUUGUACCGAACGAUUAUCGAUCCACAACAGCACGAGGUACAACAGUUGGUGCUACCUGAGAUUCUAAAGGAGAGAAUAAUUCGCAGUCUUCACAACGACAUGGGACAUCAGGGCUUAGAGAGAACUAUUCUUCUAGCUAGAUCUCGAUGCUACUGGCCAGGUAUGUACACAGAUGUCGAGAAAUGGAUCAAGUCAUGUGAACGAUGUGUUUUAUCCAAGAUGCCACAACCGCGUAUUCGAACACCAAUGGGGCACCUUAUUACCGAACAACCCCUGUCAGUUCUUGCCAUUGACUUUACGUUGUUGGAACGUUCGAGUGAUGGAAAAGAAAAUGUACUGGUAAUGACUGACGUUUUCACUAAGUUUUCGUUAGCAGUACCCACGAAAGAUCAAAAAGCAUCCACAGUUGCCAAAGUGCUUGUAAAGGAGUGGUUUCAAAAGUACGGCACACCGGAACGGAUCCAUUCGGACCAAGGCAGGAAUUUCGAGAGUGCAAUCAUUCAGGAACUGUGUCGAAUUUAUGGUAUAAAGAAGAGCCGCACAACACCUUACCACCUACAAGGCAACGCACAAUGUGAAAGGUUUAACCGCACACUCCAUGAUUUGCUUAAGAGCUUGCCUCCUCAAAAGAAACGUCGAUGGACCGAGUACCUUCCUGAGUUACUGUAUGCCUACAACUGUACCCCGCAUGGUACAACCGGUUACAGCCCAUAUCAUCUUCUUUUCGGGAGAUCACCAAGGUUACCAGUUGACUUACUCCUCGGAGAAGAAGAGGAUGAACCUCAGAAACAGUCUGCAAAUGAGUGGCUUAGUGGCUUACUAAACAUCAAACCCGCCUACGGUACGCUUGGGAAAAAGCAGGGGAGCAUAUACGCGAGUCAGCAGAGAAGAGAAAGCAAAGAAACGAUUCAAAGGUGUACGCGCCAGAUAUCAAAGUUGGGGAGUUAG